CUACAGCUUAGAAAACUCCAGCAUUUGAGAAAAGCAAGCAACUAUAGGAAAACCAUCUAAGGUGCGAAAGAAAACUCUCACUUCUAAAACUUCUCGAUAAAAAAUAUGAACAUCAUGUGUAACGAGCUUACCUAAAUUCAUUAUAUUUUGUAUUCAGUUUCUUUUUCUCUCUACCAAAAUUGGCACAUGCGAAAGAAAAAUUGUCACAUGUAGUGCCAAUUUUGUAGAAAAAUAAUAAAAAAAAUCUUAAUAGGGGUGUAAAUGUUAAUAUUCCAUUUUACUAGAAUGUAAUUUUGGAAUAUUUGAUUUCCAUCGGCACUCUACGGCUAGGCGAAACAAAAAGGUGGAGAACCAAAGAUCGAAAAAUCCGAAGGAUUGAAAUGGAAGCGGAAGAAAUAGUAUUAGAAGAGCUACUAAACGUUGAAGUUGAAAUUCAUGAUGUUGAAGAACAAAUAUCGGCGUUGCUUGAAAAACAAGAGAGGCUAUAUCAGAGACAAUCAGAACUAAAGACUCUGCUGGAAUCAGCAAAAGGGUCCGCACACGAUGUUAAUGAUAGUGUUCCAACUAUCGUAGAAAAUUUGUCUGGGUCUUUUGAGUGGGAUUCUGAAGCUGAUGACAUUAGAUUCAAUAUCUUUGGCAUAUCCUCUUAUCGUGCAAAUCAGCAAGAGAUCAUAAAUGCUGUCAUGAGUGGAAGAGAUGUUUUAGUGAUUAUGGCUGCUGGUGGUGGGAAGAGCCUCUGUUAUCAGCUUCCAGCACUUCUUCGUAAUGGAGUUUCCCUUGUUGUCAGUCCCUUACUUUCACUAAUUCAGGAUCAGGUGAUGGGCUUGGCUGCUUUAGGAAUUUCAGCAAAUAUGUUAACGUCAACUACUAGCAAGGAGGAUGAGAAAUUCAUUUACAAGGCCCUUGAAAAAGGCGAAGGAGAUUUGAAAAUAUUGUACGUGACGCCAGAGAAGGUAUCAAAGAGCAAAAGAUUUAUGUCAAAGCUUGAAAAAUGCCACCAUGCUGGUCGUCUCUCUUUGAUUUCAAUUGAUGAGGCGCACUGCUGCAGCCAAUGGGGUCAUGAUUUUCGACCUGACUAUAAAAGCCUUGGCAUCCUUAAGACUCAGUUUCCCAAUGUUCCCGUGAUUGCUCUGACUGCAACAGCUACGCAAAAGGUUCAAAAUGAUUUGAUGGAGAUGCUCCACAUUCCAAAGUGUGUUAAAUUUGUCAGCACUGUCAACAGGCCAAAUCUCUUCUAUAUGGUACGAGAAAAAUCAUCUGUUGGCAAGGUGGCUAUUGAUGAAAUUGCUGAGUUCAUUCAAGAAUAUUAUUUAAAUAAUGAAUCUGGGAUAGUUUAUUGCUUCUCUAGAAAAGAAUGUGAACAGGUUGCAAAGGAGUUGAGGACAAGAGGAAUUUCAGCUGAUUUUUAUCACGCAGAUAUGGAUGCCAAUGCCCGUGAGAAAGUUCAUACGCGGUGGAGCAAGAACAAAUUGCAGGUCAUUGUUGGCACGGUAGCUUUUGGCAUGGGAAUCAAUAAGCCAGAUGUCAGGUUUGUCAUCCAUCACAGCUUGAGUAAAUCAAUGGAAACAUACUACCAGGAAAGUGGUCGAGCUGGACGAGAUGGACUCCCUUCUCAAUGCCUACUCUACUUUAGGCCUGGUGACGUUCCUAGGCAGAGUUCGAUGGUUUUCUAUGAAAAUUCAGGAUUACAGAAUCUUUAUGACAUAGUGCAAUAUUGUCAGACAAGAAGACAAUGCCGUCGAAGUUCCAUUUUCCGACAUUUUGCUGAGCCACUUCAGGACUGUAAUGGGAUGUGUGAUAAUUGUGCAUUCUCAAGUGAGAUUAAGGAAGUGGAUGUCUCUCGUCAUGCACAACUUAUGGUUUCUUUUCUGCAAGACACGCUGGAAAAUGAUCAGAGAUUGACAAUGUUGCAGCUGAUUGAUAAAAUGAAAACUAAGCACAAGAAAGAAGAUCCUGAUUUAAAGAAAGAAGAAAUGGAACAACUUGUUAUACAGCUUAUCUUAGAUCGUGUUUUGAAAGAAGAAUUUCAGCAUACAGCUUAUUCCACAAAUGCUUAUGUAACAUUGGGGCCCCUGGCUAGACAAGUAUUGCAAGUUGGAGAAAAUAAUUGGAAAACUGAAAACAGAGAAGUAUGGUAGUAGAAUUCUUGAACAAAUAAGCAGGAAUUCUGAUAUCAAUGAGAAUGAGAUGAAGGAACAAGCAAGUGAAGAAAGAGCAACGAAGAGGCUGAAAACCAAGAAAGCUCUAGUUGUAAUAGAAAGUAGUGAUGAAGAUUUUGAAGACUCGUAAUAGGUAUCCUUUAUUCACUAUUGUUUUCUUCCAUCGGUAGCUUUUGGCUCCUUGUUACAUUUUUGUUUUAAAUAUUAAUUUAUAAAUUUUUAGAA